AUUUCAAGCGUGGAGGGAGGCGGGGCUUCACUGGAACGGGCAAAGACGGAAUAAAGAUGGCGGAGAAAUAACUUAAGAAGCUCCAUCGAUAUUUCGCUGAGAAGAAUUCGAUCGUUUUUCGGAUAAAGGUUGAAGAGAAUCACAGGAAAUUGUACCAGAGUCAUCAUGUCGCAGAAUAAAAGUGGAUACGUCCCGUUUGUGGACAGCAGCUCGCCCCCAGCGCCGCAGGGUUUCGCAUACGGACAGCCGAACCCCGCCGGAUUCGUCCUGCCUCCUCCGGACUACAAUGGGAUGCCCGGAGUCCCAGGAGUGCCUGGAGUGCCUGGCGGUGCCCCCUUUCCUCCACCGGGAGCUUUCAUGCAUCCAAUGUACGGUCAGGGAGGACCCGGAUUUCCACAGGCGCCUUUCCCACACGCGGCUCCGUACAACCCGCCGCCUCCCGAACCGUCCGCAAAUCCGGCUCCCAAUCCGACCCCGUACCAGUAUACGCCAGACCCUUCCAACAACUUUUACCAAACUGACGAGCCUCCGCCGGUCUACAAUCACGAGGAGAUCACAGUCUCGGGCUUUGACGAUAAAGCAGUGAGACGAGCGUUCAUCCGCAAGGUCUUCCUGGUUCUCACCUUGCAGCUCAUCGUCACCUUCUCGGCCGUGGCUCUCUUCACCUUUGAGCACAACAUCAAGACAUUCGUGAGGCAGAACACCUGGACCUACUGGAUCUCCUACAUCAUCUUCCUGGUCCCGCUCAUCGCCAUCAGCUGCUGUGGAGAAUUCCGCCGCAAACACCCAUGGAACCUGGUCGCCUUGUCGGUGUUGACCCUGAGCAUGUCCUACAUGACGGGGAUGAUCGCCAGCUUCUACGACACGGACGCCGUCAUCAUGGCCGUGGGCAUCACCGUGGUGGUCUGCUUCACAGUGGUCAUCUUCUCCCUGCAGAGUAAGUACGACUUCACUUCCUGUGCCGGAGUCCUGUUCGUGUGCGUGAUCGUCCUCUUCGUCUUUGGGAUCCUCUGCAUCUUCAUCCGCAACAAAAUCCUGCAAAUUGUGUACGCCUCACUGGGCGCGCUCAUCUUCACCUGCUUUUUGGCCGUGGAUACGCAGCUGCUUCUGGGGAACAAGAAACUGUCCCUGAGUCCAGAGGAGUACGUGUUCGGAGCGCUGAACCUUUACCUGGACAUCAUCAACAUCUUCCUGUACAUCCUCCAGAUCAUCGGGCGGAGCCGCAACUAACGUGCAGCCGGCGGCGUGAACACACACGCGCACACGCACGCGCUCGUGUCUCUCUCUUUAAUGAUUAACGCUUGUUUUAUUCACGCUUGUGUAGAAACUUUCAUAACUACAGUGUGAUCCAGCUUAAUAUUAUUAUUAUUAUUAUUAUUAUUAUUAUUAUUAUUAGAGAUCCUGUUCCACUUUCACUCCGCACAAUCAAUCCCGUUUAGCAAAGAUUGCUAGCGUCGCCUCGUAGUCUAAAGCCUCCAGUUUAGCAUGGUGCGCUAAAGACUCCUCUCUGAAUAUUUGGGUGAAUUCCUCAGAAAUCUGAACUCUGCAUUUAUUACCCCUUUAAUGCAGUCAUCAGUUAGCCGUAGCCUAUAACAGUGUAGUAAUAGACACUUUAUUACCGUGGGAUUGCUUUUAGUUUCUGUUUAGUUUUUGUUUUUUUGUUUCGAUUAUCACACAGACUUUUAGUUUUAUUAAAGGUUCUUAUAUCAAUCUUUGAUUAGUUUGUUGCUGUAAUUCUGAAUAAUACAUAUAAAGAAAUGUGUAUUUUUCAAUAAAUGUAUGUGAGAUAAAAGAAUAAACCUUUCCCCCUCUUC